GAAAGGCUUAUCUUCCCUUCGGUCUUAGACAAAAACCCCAAACACAAGAUACGGCUCCUUGUUGGGAAUUAUUGCUCGUUGACCGUUCAGAAAACUUCCCUCUUGACGAUUUCUUCCUACAGAAAACAAACCCACUGAUGUUUGCCUUCGAAGCGUUGACCACCAGGCGGCUGACGCUGAUCUUGUUGGCCGGUUUGACAGCUUUUCCUCGGCCGAACGCCAUCAUCGCAGAUGAAAGCGAUCAGCUGAGCUUUUCGCCUAAGAAUUCAGAGACAGAGUCUUCACAGCUGCCGCCCGGGAGAGAUCAUCCCAACUAUAUCUUUGCCUCCUUUGCCGGUCUCCUCCAACAGUGGCCGAACACGUUUGCUUACAGUGGUCAUUCGAUCAUUCCGGGCGUCGUGCCGAGGGGCACCUUGCUCUAUCACGGAACUAAUCAUCGCACCCCUCCACCUUCCGAGGGCCUCGAAUGGCUUGCCUUCAACCCAGAGUACAGCUUCGCCAUUCACAGUCAUAGACUCGGCCAGGUCGAUCUGUAUAAAUACACAGCAACCCGUGCGUUGAGAAUCAUUUACUUCGAUGGCCAGAGCUCCUCUUUGGGAACACCCGGCUUCAUGGACAGUCAAAGUGUCCUCAUUCACGGCACCGUUCACAAGCAUUUUGGAGACGGUGGCCGUUACAUCAAAGCUGAUUACGACCGUGCCGCUGAACUAUGUAAGAUUGGAAAGAAAUGGGGCUUCGAGGGAGUGGUGCGGAUGAACACUUGCUUUGAAGUGUUGUGGUGUGAUUUCACAGAGGGAGUCGAACUUCUUGGGGGCACGAACACCACUGAUCCUUUCGAUACUCAUUACGAGCCGGGCGAGUUUACUGAAUCCAUGAAGGUCACCGAACUUCACGCUACCGAUUCUUCUUCCGAUUCAAGCGAGAUAUUUGUCCAAAAUCGAUCAGAUGCCGUUAAUCCCCUUUUUCCUGAUGAGGUUGGAAAGAACUUUCGGCAAAGAAUUGAGGUUUUCGGAGCCAUCAACUCCACGGUUCGGGUGAAAAAUGAUGAUGAUUCUUCAGAAAAUGAGAAUCCAGAGGAAUCAUUGCUGCAAGUACUUACUAGACCUCGGGUGAUGAAUUCACCGUUUUACUCCAGAUCUCCACUUUACUACUUUCGAGCUGCAAGUCGUCAAUUCUUUAUGCCAGGUGAAGUCAGAGUGAACCUAGACCCAAGUGGCUUUGUGAGUUUUUACGAUCGAAUCGAAAGCUUGAGCCAGAAGCGGCGAGACGAUGGAACCGACGAUGGCCCGCGCCAUACUCACAGAUUACAUGGGAUCAGUCCGAGUGAUGUGAAGAAGAUUGAAGACCGUCUCUUCAAUGUGCUCGCCCGCAAGAAUGCCGAAAAUUGGCAGACAGAUUCAGAUCGUCUGGAUUGGCGGGCACUGGUCUGGACAAUCGUUCAAACGUACAGCAAACCACUGGCUGAGCUGGAUUACCUCCUCAAGCGGAAUGACCUGAACGCUAUCAAUCAAGCGGCCGAAGUGCGUGGCUUGACCUACGGAAUGAUCCUGCCCCACAUCGAUUUCUCUUCAUGGAACAUCAGUGAUCCGACUUGGGUCGACCGUAACAUUAAGAAAUGUGCGAGAGGGUUUACUUCUGGAACUUAUCGUGUCUCAGACCUCACCGAAUCGAUUGAAGUCAUCAUCGGUGCUAUUGAGGGGACUCUGGAUCGACUGUGCAGCACGAUUUUUAGCAUCUUUUCUCAGACUAUCGAAUUGGUUAUUCCUAUCGAUUCUCUCAUCCGUCCCGAUUCCAAACUGGAGAGACAAGCCAAAUCGCGAAUUAUAGAAUGGCAGCAAAAAACUGAGGAAUUGGUGAAGUGGCUACAAUGGUCAACACGGGCACACUGUGAUCCACCCUGCAAACCCGAUGAAAUGUGUCUUCCUCCUUUGUGGCCUGCCUACUGGAUGAAAGGACUUCCGCAGAUUGAAGAUCAGUUUCCAGUUUGCAGCAAGGACUCUUGGAAGACAUUUUGAUUUCUCAUAAUGUUGCUCAAUCAAGCUCAAGCAUGAAUCAUUGGAAUCUGUAUCAUACAAGUCAAUCCUAACCACCUGGCCAAUCAUCAAGCUAGGGCUCAGCUCUUCAAAUGAGUUUCUCUGUUUUUUUUUUUACUUAUCUUUUCAUGAAACAAAAUCAAUUCUUCAAAAUUAUUUUAUAGCAUCAAAACAAUUGUCUGUCAGAAGAGAAGUGGGGUUGUUUC